AUGGCGGAAGGAAAUACAUUCUACUUCUCAGGUCACGAAAGUAAAAGCCAGAACGGGGUGGCCAUCAUAGUUUCACAGACGUUUAAAUAUGCGGUCCUUGGAUACAACGCUAUCAGUGAUCGUAUUAUGACUAUUAAACUUAGAGGAAAUCCACUACCUAUAAAUAUUGUCCAAGUAUAUGCACCAACGGCUCAGUCUUCAGAAGAAGAAACCGACAGUUUUUAUGGGACACUGGAAGACUGCAUUAAUGCUUUACCACGCCGUGAAAUGCUUUUCGUGCAGGGUGACUGGAAUGCGAAAAUUGGCGACACUAGCAGAGACGAUCAUCUGCGGAAAACUGUGGGGCACUAUGGACUCGGAACGCGUAACGAUAGAGGUGAACGAUUCCUGGAGUUCUGCGUCGGAAACAGCCUCGCAAUCACCAACACAUUUUUUCAGCAUCACAAACGCCGACUAUACACAUGGAAAUCGCCAGGUGACCGAUACCGGAAUCAAAUAGAUUUUAUAACUGUUGACCAAAGAUGGAGAUCGAGCGAAAAAAGAUCGCCCGGGACACCAGUGCUACGAGGCCCCUACUGUGUUGUGCUGUGCGGAUAG